CGGGAGGGAGAAACUGGGGGAGAGAAACUAAGAGAGAGAGAUAGUCAGAGGGAAGAGAGUUUUGCAGAAGCGGAGGCAGCGGGAGAUCGAGCGCGGCCCCUCAGUCGGAGUCGAGUGUAUUUGCCUGGAGCCGGCUGCAGUCUCGAAGGGAGGAUGUCGGAGGAGGGUGCGGUACAAGUGUGUGUCCGGGUCCGGCCACUUAACGAUAGAGAGAAAUCUUUACAAGGAGGAUCUUCUGAUAGCCUUCAGAUUCAUUGGAAAGCAGACAACCAAACUAUUUCCCAGAUUUCUGGAACUAGGUCAUUCAACUUUGAUCGUGUAUUCCAUGCUGAAGAGACCACAGCAAUACUUUACAAUGAAGUUGCACACUCUAUUGUGCGCUCUAUAACCCAAGGUUAUAAUGGCACAAUAUUUGCAUAUGGACAGACAUCAUCCGGAAAGACUUACACAAUGAUGGGAAAUGCCGUUGCUCCUGGUCUUAUUCCUCUGGCAAUCUGCAAUUUGUUCAGUGUUAUUAAUGAUACACCGAACAGAGAGUUUUUGUUGCGGGUUUCUUACAUGGAAAUUUAUAAUGAGUCGGUCUCAGAUUUGCUUGCUGGCCCAAAAAGACGACCUUUGGAAGUUAGAGAAGAUAUGGAACGAAUAGUUUAUGUUGCCAAUCUGACUGAGGAGUUGGCUGUAACCUAUGAGGACGUAAUGAAGUUGGUCCAGAAGGGAGAAAAAAACCGGCAUUAUGGAGAAACCAAAAUGAAUGAACAUAGUAGUCGGUCGCAUACAAUUUUUAGAGUGAUAGUGGAAAGCAGGGAUAAAAAUAAUGAAGCAGUUAUGGUUGCACAUCUGAAUUUGGUUGAUCUGGCAGGCAGUGAACGAGCCAGCCAAACAGGAGCUGAAGGUGUCCGCCUAAAAGAAGGAUGUUUUAUCAACCGUAGCUUGUUUGUACUUGGUCAAGUUAUUAAGAAGCUCAGUGAUGGACAAGCUGGUGGGUUUUUAAAUUAUAGGGACAGUAAGCUGACUCGGAUUCUACAGAACUCACUUGGGGGUAAUGCAAGAACUCUCAUCAUUUGCACAAUUACUCCUAUUGGUUUUGAGGAAACUCUCAGUACUCUUCAGUUUGCAAGCACUGCCAAAUUCAUGAAGAAUACACCUCAUGUCAAUGAAGUGCUGGAUGACCAAGCAAUGUUGAAGCGAUGUCGUAAAGAAAUAAUGGAUCUGAAAAACCAGCUAGAAGAACUUACUUCAGAUAACCGUGUUCAGGCAAAGGAGAAAGCUCAACUGUUGUCAGAAAAACUUAUCCUUCAAAUGGAGCAUGAGCAGAAAAUAAAAAACUUGACAAGAAUGCUUGUCAGAGUUUCAACUGAUGAAGACCAAGAGAUGAAAGCAAGAAGAAAGAGGAGGGUUACCUGGGCUCCUGGAAAACUGCGAGCUAGCUUGGACUCUUCUGCCAAAAUGAUAAAGUUGGAUAAGGUUUGUCAAGAGCAAGAUGAAGAUGACGAUGAUGAUGAUGAUGAUUUUGAUGUGGAUAGUGACUGGCCAUCUAAAACGAUAUCAGAGUGCAGCAGUACAAUCACAACAAAAAGAGGUGGAAGUUGUGGGUUCCAGAUACCUCCAUUUGAAGAUUCUCUUUACUUCAAUGAUCAAAGCAGAGCAAACCACAACUGUAGUAGUAUGCUGUAUGAUGCAUCUUCAAAGGACGAAUUGGAACAAAGGAUUUCUGAACUGGAGAAACAACUUGAGACUUUGACAGAAGAAAAAGAGAAAGAAAGCAGAAAGCACAAGGAUUAUGCAAGCCACUUUGAGAAACAGUUACAGGACAGUAUUGAGCUUUGUGAGCUUCUUCACUCAAAACAGUUUGAUGCAGAAAGCUUAAAAAUGGAGAAUAAUAAACAGAAAGAAGAAAUUGAAGAAUUAAAAGAACUCCUGAAAGAACAGGUGGAGAAUGCAAAGUACUUCAAAAUGGAGAAUGAGAAACAAAAAAAGGAAAUCAAAGAACUAGAAAAACUGAGUGAAGGAAUUGAAGAAUUGAAAGAGAGACGAGAAAUUGAAGAGUUUGAGUUCUUGGAAAAAGAAGCUGAGAAAGAAGAAAAGGCACAACAAAAGCAUGAAAAUGCCAAGUUAAGGGAGCUGGUUCACAAUUCAGAGAUUAUCAACCAGGAACUUGAGGUAGAACUAAAGACUAAAACUAAGAGGUUAAAAGAACAGGAACAAAAUCUCCUCGACCUUCAACAACGGUUGGAACGACUUAAAGAGGUAUCAGACGGCAAGGCAAAUCUUGAGAUGUUAAUGGUACAGAUCCAACAGUUGCAGCAAUCACUGAAUGAUGCAGAAGUUGUAACUCGUGAUGCAAAGAAAGAGUCUUCCUUUAUCAGAAGUGAAAAUCUGGAGCUUAAGGAAGAAAUGGAUAAAAUGAAGGUGGGCUAUCAACAAAUGGAAAAGGACAUGCAAUUGUACAGCAGCCAGCUAGAUACUGAGCGGUCACGCUACAAAGAAAUGCAAUCUGAUUUGCAGAAAGAAUUAAAGUCUGCUUUCAACGAAAAUACCAAGCUAAUGUCACUUCUGGAUGGAAAAGUCCCUAAAGAUUUAUUGGAUCGUAUUCAUUUGGAAAAGAACAUGGUUGAUCUUAAACAACAGUUGGAAAAAGCAGAAAAAGAAAAAACUAGACUGGAGGAGGAAUCAUCCCUUUUAUCUCAAUAUAAAUCAUUGCCUGAAAAAGUAGAUGAAUUGGCAAAGCAGGUUCUAAAGCUAACAGAAGAACUAAAUGAUGUCACCUCCGAACGUGAUAAUUUGUUGGCAUGCAGAGAAGAGAAUGUUGAACAACAUAAGAAUUUGCGUGGAGAAAUGUUGACCAUUGCCCAAGAUAGGAACAAACUCCAGGAAAUACUUGCCAGCUUCCAAUCUGAGAGGGAUCAUAAGGAAAAUUUGACAACUGAACAACAGAAUGAAAUGCAGUGUAGGGUGGAGAAUCUUAAAAAGGAAUUAGAUCUGUACUCCUCGAAGUUUGAAGAAGAGAAGACUAAAUGUGCGCAAUUUCAACAUGAUCUUGAAGACAAAGAAAGGCAAGUUAAAGAGCAAGAACAGCAACUAAAGCAGGAGCUUGAGAAGCAGAAGGAAAUUGAUGAUAAAUAUUCUAAAGCUUCAGAAAAUCUGAAACAACUAAACGAAGAGAAAGAAGAGCUAGUGAUUAAAUUGCAAGUUUUAACAAAAGCAAAUGAAGAACUGGCAAUGUCACAAUCCAAAUCUCAUCAACAGUUGGUGAUCAUGUUGGUCUUGGCUGAUGUCAAAUUUCUGGUAGACUGUAUUUGCCUUCUGUUCAGAUGGUCAUGGUGCAUAAAAGGGUUGUUGAUCUCCCUCAUGGUCGUGACUGAAGUUUUAUAUCAGUUAAUGAUACAUUUGGUGGCGUUCUCUAACAAAAGCAAGAAUGCAGAGACUAUUUUGCCUCGAGCAAAAAAGAUAGAAUUUCCAAGGUUUUCAAGUUAUAAGAUCUCACUGGCGCUGCUGCAGUAA